GAGAUUUUAAGCAUAAGAAGAUGUCUCUUAGAAUAAAGGCAGUGGUAGAUAAGUUUGUUGAAGAGUUGAAGGAAGCAUUAGAUGCUGAUAUACAGGAUAGGAUCAUGAAGGACAGAGAGAUGCAAAGUUAUAUUGAAGAACGUGAGCGAGAGGUUGCUGAGCGUGAAGCUGCUUGGAAGGCUGAUCUUUCUCGUCGUGAGGCAGAGAUUGCUCGUCAAGAAGCAAGGCUCAAGAUGGAGAGAGACAAUCUUGAGAAAGAGAAAAGCGUCUUGAUGGGAACUGCAUCAAAUCAAGAUAACCAAGAUGGAGCUCUUGAAAUUACAGUAAGCGGUGAAAAAUACCGUUGCCUCAGAUUUGCCAAGGCAAAAAAAUGAGGCUUUGCCUGGGGUGACAUGAAGGAAAAGUAAGUUCUACACUCCCCAACCCCAAAUGGGGGCUAGUCCUGCUGAGCACUUGCAUGCAAUGCCAAGCUCAAUUCAUGUACAUUUGUUGAAAUUCAACUGUUUAGUUGUGGUUUAUUAUUCCUCUCAGAUUUGAGAAAAGUGUUGGUAAUUGCUCAAUUGAAUUGUUUAUAUGAAAAUUUUCUGUCAUGAUAU